UUUCUUUGAAUGGUUGGUUUGAACUAUGACACAUUGGUGGAGCCAGAAGAUGAUACUUAACCUCAAGGGCUAAGCAACUAUAUAACUUCCUCAUGUUCUCUUUCUGAGUAGGAAACCAAGCUCCCAGUUCACACAAGCUCCCAAUUCACACGCUUUUUGACAGGCUGUUUAAGAAGAUCCACACUACCCAUUUCGAUACAGAUCUCUUGAACUCACAGACUCGGAAAACUUCUCAGAAAGCCUUGCAAGUUCAGGCAUUGCCCUAGUGGUAGAGAGCUGACUAUGGGUCCAGGCGGACCUGGGGGUGGUGGUGGUCCUGGGGGUGGCGGUGGUGGCUGGGGUGGACCUGGCGGUGGUGGUGGACAUGGGGGCCCGGGUCCAGGAGGCUUCUUUGGUGGCUUAUGCAACCUGAUAGGUUCUGGCUUAAAUUGCCUGUGCUGUUGCUGGUUGCUGCGAGAUUGUUUCGGUGGACCACCCGGCGGCGGUGGCGGCCCUGGAGGCCCUCGUCCUUUCUGAUUUGCUGGGCAUGGGUUUGGUGAACUGAGAUUGCUUUGUUGGAUUACUUGUGCAAUAAAAUCCUGUGUUCACUCAGUGAUAAAAGAAUAACUGUUCCUGUUUCUCAGUUUCUUCAUAUGUAUCUACUGGCCAUUUUCUUCCUUCGUAAAUGGAGAGAAUGAUGGCGUUAUCAUUUUGUAUCAGACCUUGUUACUUUAUGUGUUUAUGAAAUGCAUUGGCUUUGACUUU